AUGUCGGCCUACAGAAGACGAUCAACUCUAAGGCAGCCGACGCGGCAAGCGACUGGCGAAUCCCAACCGGAGAGCCCGAUCAUCGAGGAUCCCAACCAGUCGUAUGGACUCUGGGCUCAUGGUGGGGCUAUGGCACAAGAGCCAGACGAGGAGAAUCCAGCCGAGGCAUCUGGUCAUGGUGGACACCACCCUUCGCAUCGCUCCUCUCAUCAUCAUCAUCCCAGCUACGACGAUGAUGGUCACAAUCGAAGGGCGAGUGGUGGAUGGCACCAUGUCAAUCUUGGCCGCUCUCCCACGCACAGAUCCUCUCAUGGUACCUCGGCUCAACAGCCACAGCAAUCGGGCGGUCUCAGGAGACCUACACAGCUACCUGUUCAGAACGAAGUGAUGCAGGAACAAGAAGAGGACGCGGUAGAAGCAGGUGAUAAUCAGGCGCAGAAGAGUCCUUUGAUGGGGGGACAACAUUACCCUGAGCACAGUGGAGUCCCAGCCUCUGCUGCUACCAGCCAUGGGUACAGACCCAGCGUUGGAAGUCACAACACCCAGUUUGCUUACGGAGGCGAGGCUGCAUCGAGUCAGCAGCACCUGGUCGGCUCGGGCGCGCGUCAUGGUCUCGCCCAACAAAUGACUGUGGAUCAGAGCAAGCAGUCCGUCUUUGACAUGGCGCACGGAAAGAAAGACGGAGAUGCCAAGGACCACAUCGUGAGUCGCGCAGUGCCAAUGAAGAUUAGCGUCAAAGGCACUCUGUUGACUUUCGGGCUGGGCUGAUCCAUUUUGCAACACCUUGCUCCGAAUGCAGGACGAUAUCAAUGAAAAGGUACCAAUUCGAAUGAGUCACUUGUUCAAGCGACCUCUCGUCCGCCAGUGGCUCUACGAUGGUCAGCUGUAUCGCGAGUGCGAUGAACGUGAGGUGCGUCCAGACCUGCUGAGCGUCCCAUUUUACUGUAAAGCUGACGGGCUUGGGAACUCUGACCUCUACCUCAGCCCUCUCGCUUCGAGCUUUUCUUCGAUCUUGUUUUUGUUGGCGUGUGCCAUGCGCUAGCUGAUGGUGCUGCCGAGCACGCCAAUGGUCUUAAUGUCCUAAAGGUGAGCGACCUGCCUGCGGUGCAAACGAGUCUCUAGACUCACCUUGUGACCUCCAUCGCGCAGUUCGUGCUGGCAUUCUUUCCAGCCUGGAGCAUAUGGACCGACACGCGAGCAUACAUCAACACCAGUGGUACCGACGACGUCUGGCAACGAGUCUACAUUUUGCUCAUCAUGAUCCUGUUGUCAGGCUACGCUGCCAACGCAACUGGUGUCAAGAUCGAACCAUAUCACGGAUCCGAAGCUGGUCACGGAGAGUCGGCCACUGGCGGUGAAGCGAGUCAUGAUGGGCAAAGCGAAGGAAGCGGCGUGGUCAUCGAGGCGCCAGGCUCGGCAGGUGGCGAUGGAGGCGAGACGCACUCAGUCGAAAGGCGGAUGGUCGAUUUUGCAGUUCGUGGCGGCAUCAAUUUGCUCGCCCGCGCCGGUGGUGGUGAAGGGCCCGAACUCGAAAUCGUCGAACAGAUCGGCAAUUCCCAGUACUGGUUUGCAGAAGGCUAUCACAAGGCUCUUCAAGCAGCCAUCGGCUUCUACCUCGUGGCAAAGCUCUUCCGUCUUGCUUUGCUCUUCGUCUACGGGCUGCUGCUGCCUCGCUUCAGAAAGGCAAUGUGGCUCAACACCAUCUCUCUCGUCUUUAUCGCCUUCAUCUACUUGCCGCUGAUGUUCGUCACCUCGCCACGUCUUAUCCUCGGCUUUUCGUGCGCCGGUGUCGUGGCAGAACUCAGCAGUCGAUACGUCGUUGCUGCUGCGCUACAGAUGGCGCACGGCAAGGCCAAACACGCCGGCAAGAAGACCUUCAUCGUGAGUCGAAAUUACUGCCUCGUCGACCCGAAGCUCCUGGCUGACGCUAUUCAUCACCAUGCAUGUAGCCCGCGCUAUCGCUCGAGCAUCUGAUGGAGCGCAUGACACUCUUUGUCAUCUUGGUCACCGGAGAGAUCCUCAUCGUCUCCUCAUACACGGCAUCGGGCGGAGACAUUGGACCACAUGACAAAUUCUGGCGAUCCGCUCUUGCAAUCACGAUCGCUUUCAGCAUCAUCUGGCUCUACUUCGAUGCGGAUGCCAGUCGCACCUUCGUCCACGCCCUCAGGCGGCAUUGGCUGCACUCCAUUUCUUGGACUCAUGUGCACUUCCCUCUUUGCGCUGCUUUGAUCUUGCUGGCUUCGGCGCUGGCCAAGCUGGUGGGCGAGCACGAAGUCGAGCAGGGCUUCUUGUGGUUCUUUGCUGGAUCAAUGUCUACCGUCAUGGUGAGUGCUCGCGUUGUUGCCGUGCACCCCACCCCGCGUCCGUCGCUGAUCUGUAGUGCGCUGCGUCAACAGGUCUGCUUUGGUCUGCUCGGCCUGCUCCACGGCUCGCUCGACGUCUACGGCUCAUCGCUCGUUCCCCACUGGUGGCGUAUCGCCCAGCGCUUUGGUCUCGCCAUCGCAUUCGCUCUCUUUCCUUUGCACGAAGGCUGGACCAGCGUUGGCUUCCUCGGCACAUACGCCGCCUUACUCGUCAUCCAAGUAUUGACCGAGACCUUUGGCAAGCUCGGCGCAGUGGGUAGAGUGUACGACCACGAGCGAGCGGAAGCCUUGCGGGAGGCGCGCUCCAAAGCGCACCAGGACUCUUACAGCAGCACCUCGCAGCGGAUCGCAUCCGGCGGCUCGGGCACUUCGUCAGACAAGGAGAUUCCCAUGGAGCGCCUCACGGACGGUGCCGGUGGCGAGAAGAGGCGUGCUUCACAGGCUUCGGAAUCUCGCUGGGGUAUGGGCCAUGGUCGCAACCCGAGCGAGCUGCUGCACCUUAGCAGGAAGCUCAUCGACAAGGACUACGCCGUCCGAGCACCUGGCAAGAGGGACAGCUGGCACGCUUGGGAAGACCUUACGGGAGAAGAAAUUGGAGAGGAGGAUGUGGGAGUGGAGAGUCAGCUUGGAAACAUCGAAGCAAAGCACGUCUCGAGCGGUCAGAGGUGGGCUUACGCUGCUACUUGA